CCGAAUACCCCCCACUUCUCACCAUGAUUGCCGCAGCUUUCCUGGUGCUGCUGAGACCUUACAGCAUCCAAUGUGCCCUCUUCCUCUUGCUGCUUCUGCUGGGGACCAUCGCCACCAUCCUCUUCUUCUGCUGCUGGCACCGAAGGCUGCAGAAAGGGAGGCAUCCCAUGAAAUCUGUCUUUUCGGGUCGUUCCAGGAGCCGAGAUGCGGUUGUGAGAUCUCACCACUUGCGUUCAGAGGGAUUUAGAGCAAGUCCUCGUCAUGCCAGAAGAAGGGCAGCAGCCCGCCUAGAAGAAACUGAACCUUUAGCAGAAGUACAUCAUCAGAGUGAACAAGAAGCUUCAGUGAGAAAAAGAAAGCUCAAGAAAAACAGUCGAGUUCAGCCAGAAUUUUACCACUCCGUUCAAGUUCCCUCAACUAGAAAACCUAGCUCUGGGAACGCUUCCUACCGCUGCUCUAUGUCUUCCUCUGCGGAUUUUUCUGAUGAAGAUGAUUUCAGUCAGAAAUCAGGCUCUGCAUCCCCAGCUCCAGGGGACACAUUACCUUGGAAUCUCCCUAAGCAUGAGAGGUCUAAAAGAAAGAUUCAAGGCGGUUCGGUGCUGGAUCCUGCAGAGAGAGCUGUGCUGAGGAUAGCAGAUGAACGAGACAAAGUUCAAAAGAAAACUUUCACUAAGUGGAUAAAUCAGCAUCUCAUGAAGGUUCGAAAGCAUGUGAAUGACCUCUAUGAAGACCUAAGGGAUGGACACAACUUAAUCUCUCUCUUGGAGGUUCUUUCAGGUGAUACCUUGCCAAGAGAGCGAGAUUUUUUGAAGACCUUACGGUUGGUGAGUUCAACAGAAGCAUGCGAGUAUGAACAGCAUGAGGAUGUGGAGGAUGAGGAUAAGGGGCCCCGGGAGAAAGGUCGGAUGCGUUUUCACAGACUACAGAAUGUACAAAUUGCACUUGACUAUUUGAAAAAACGGCAGGUGAAACUAGUGAAUAUUAGAAAUGAUGACAUAACAGAUGGAAAUCCCAAAUUGACUUUGGGAUUAAUAUGGACAAUAAUUUUGCACUUUCAGAUAUCUGAUAUCCAUGUUACUGGAGAGUCAGAAGAUAUGUCUGCUAAAGAGAGAUUGCUAUUAUGGACACAGCAGACAACUGAAGGCUAUGCUGGAAUUCGUUGUGAAAAUUUCACUACUUGCUGGAGAGAUGGAAAAUUAUUUAAUGCCAUCAUUCAUAAAUACAGGCCGGACCUGAUAGACAUGAAUACCGUUGCUGUUCAAAGCAACCUUGCAAAUUUAGAACAUGCUUUUUAUGUAGCAGAAAAAAUUGGUGUCAUAAGACUUCUUGACCCUGAAGAUGUUGACGUCUCCUCACCUGAUGAAAAGUCAGUGAUAACAUAUGUGUCAUCACUCUAUGAUGCAUUUCCCAAGGUACCAGAAGGUGGUGAAGGCAUCAGUGCUAAUGAUGUUGAAGUUAAGUGGAUUGAAUACCAGAAUAUGGUGAACUACCUCAUCCAAUGGAUCAGGCACCAUGUUACCAUAAUGUCUGACAGAACAUUUCCCAAUAAUCCUGUAGAACUAAAGGCACUUUAUAAUCAAUAUUUACAAUUUAAAGAAACAGAAAUUCCACCAAAGGAGAUAGAAAAGUCAAAAAUUAAACGUCUCUAUAAAUUACUAGAGAUUUGGAUAGAGUUUGGACGCAUCAAACUCCUUCAGGGCUACCAUCCAAAUGAUAUAGAAAAAGAAUGGGGAAAACUCAUUAUAGCCAUGCUUGAGCGGGAGAAGACUCUACGGCCAGAAGUGGAGAGGUUGGAAGUAUUACAGCAGAUUGCAAGCCGGGUUCAGAGGGACAGUAUAGUCUGUGAAGACAAACUGAUACUUGCUCGAAAGGCCCUGCAAGCUGAUUCUAAAAGAUUAGAAUCAGGGCUGCAGUUCCAGAAUGAAGCAGAAAUUGCUGGAUACAUACUUGAAAGUGAGAAUCUUUUACGCCAGCAUGUAAUUGAUGUUCAAAUUCUUAUUGAUGGAAAAUACUAUCAGGCGGAUCAGCUGGUACAGAGGGUUGCAAAACUACGUGAUGAAAUUAUGGCCUUAAGAAGUGAAUGUUCUUCUGUGUACAGCAAAGGACGCUCCCUGACAACAGAACAGACAAAGCUCAUGAUAUCAGGAAUAACACAAAGUUUAAACUCAGGAUUUGCACAGACCUUAAAUCCCUGCUUAAACUCAGGGUUGACCCAGAGUUUAACACCUUCACUCACCCCUUCCAGUAUGACAUCUGGCUUGUCAUCAGGUUUGACUUCCAGACUGACUCCAUCUGUUACUCCUUCCUAUACACCUGGUUUUCCAUCAGGAUUAAUUCCAAAUUUUGGAUCAGGAGUGGACACAAAUUCAUUGCAAACACUCAAGCUGAUGCAAAUCCGAAAACCUCUUCUGAAAUCUUCUUUGUUAGAUCAGAAUUUAACAGAAGAGGAAAUCAACGUGAAAUUUGUUCAAGAUCUCUUGAAUUGGGUGGAUGAAAUGCAGGUGCAACUGGAUCGAACUGAAUGGGGUUCUGAUUUGCCAAGUGUUGAAAGCCAUUUAGAAAAUCACAAAAAUGUUCAUAGAGCUAUUGAAGAAUUUGAAUCUAGCCUUAAGGAAGCUAAAAUCAGUGAGAUCCAAAUGACUGCUCCCCUCAAACUCACAUAUGCAGAAAAGUUGCAUAGAUUGGAGAGUCAAUAUGCAAAACUCUUGAAUACAUCAAGGAAUCAGGAGCAACACCUAGAUACUCUUCACAACUUUGUAUCUCGAGCCACUAGUGAGCUUAUUUGGUUGAAUGAAAAAGAGGAGGAAGAAGUUGCUUAUGACUGGAGUGAAAGAAAUUCAAACAUAUCCAGGAAAAAGGAAUACCAUUCAGAAUUAAUGAGAGAACUUGAUCAAAAAGAAGAAGUGAUUAAAUCGGUUCAGGAAAUAGCAGAGCAGCUCCUUCUAGAAAACCAUCCUGCCCGACUAACUAUUGAGGCUUAUCGAGCAGCAAUGCAGACACAGUGGAGUUGGAUUUUACAACUUUGCCACUGCGUGGAACAACACAUAAAGGAGAAUAGCACAUAUUUUGAGUUUUUCAAUGAUGCCAAAGAAGCGACAGACUACCUAAAGAAUUUAAAAGAUGCCAUUCAGCGGAAAUAUAGUUGUGACAGAUCUAGCAGCAUCCAUAAGCUGGAAGACCUUGUCCAGGAGUCAAUGGAAGAAAAAGAAGAACUUUUGCAAUAUAAGAGCACAAUAGCAAGUCUAAUGGGCAGGGCAAAAACAAUAAUUCAACUAAAGCCAAGGAACCCUGAUAAUCCACUUAAAACAUCCAUUCCAAUUAAAGCCAUUUGUGACUACCGACAGAUUGAGAUAACCAUUUACAAAGAUGAUGAAUGUGUUUUAGCAAGCAAUUCCCAUCGUGCUAAAUGGAAGGUCAUUAGUCCAACUGGGAAUGAAGCCAUGGUCCCAUCAGUGUGCUUUACUGUUCCUCCACCAAACAAAGAAGCCAUUGACACUGCAAACAGAAUUGAACAACAAUUUCAGAAUGUUCUGGCCCUUUGGCAUGAGUCUCACAUAAACAUGAAAAGUGUGGUUUCCUGGCAUUAUUUGGUUAAUGAAAUUGAUACACUUCGGGCUAGCAAUGUUGCCUCGAUAAAAACAAUGUUACCUGGUGAGCAUCAACAGGUCCUAAGCAAUCUAGAAUCUCGUUUUGAAGACUUCCUGGAAGAUAGUCAGGAAUCCCAAAUAUUUUCAGGCUCAGAUAUAACACAACUAGAAAAAGAGGUUAAUGUAUGCAAACAAUACUAUCAAGAGCUUCUGAAAUCAGCAGAAAGAGAGGAGCAAGAAGAAUCUGUUUACAACCUUUACAUCUCAGAAGUCCGAAAUAUCAGACUUCGCUUAGAAAACUGUGAAGAUCGGUUGAUUAGACAGAUCAGAACCCCACUAGAAAGAGAUGAUCUGCAUGAAAGUGUGUUCAGGAUCACGGAGCAGGAGAAACUCAAAAAAGAGUUGGAUCGACUCAAAGAUGACUUGGCAACCAUCACAGAUAAAUGUGAAGAAUUUUUCAGUCAAGCUGCAGCAUCACCAUCCACCCCAACUUUGCGCUCAGAACUCAAUAUCAUCAUUCAGAACAUGAAUCAAGUCUAUUCCAUGUCUUCCAUUUACAUAGAUAAGUUGAAAACUGUUAAUUUGGUAUUAAAAAAUACACAAGGGGCAGAAGCACUUGUAAAACUUUAUGAAACUAAACUGUGUGAGGAAGAAGCUGUGACAGCUGACAAGAACAAUAUUGAAAAUCUUAUGAGUACUUUGAAGCAAUGGAGAUCUGAAGUUGAUGAAAAACGGGAAGUAUUUCAUGCUUUAGAGGAUGAAUUGCAGAAAGCCAAAGCCAUCAGUGAUCAAAUGUUUAUAACCUAUAAAGAACGUGAUCUUGACUUUGAUUGGCACAAAGAAAAAGCAGAUCAGUUAGCUGAAAGAUGGCAAAAUGUUCACACUCAGAUUGAAAACAGAUUACGUGACUUGGAAGCUAUUGGCAAAUCUCUGAAGUACUACAGGGAUACAUAUCAUCCUUUGGAUGAUUGGAUUCAGCAUGUUGAAGAUACUCAGAGAAAGAUUCAGGAAAACCAACCUGAGAAUAGUAAAACAUUGGCAACACAACUGAAUCAACAGAAGAUGCUGGUAUCUGAAAUAGAAAUGAAACAGAACAAGAUGGAUGAGUGCCAAAAAUAUUCAGAACAGUAUGCAACUGCUGUGAAGGAUUAUGAAUUGCAGACAAUGACCUAUCGGGCCAUGGUAGACUCACAGCAGAAAUCCCCAGUGAAACGUAGAAGGAUGCAGAGCUCAGCUGACCUAAUCAUCCAGGAGUUCAUGGACUUAAGAACCCGCUACACAGCUUUGGUUACUCUAAUGACUCAAUAUAUUAAAUUUGCUGGUGAUUCUUUGAAAAGACUGGAAGAGGAGGAGAAGUCACUGGAGGAAGAAAAGAAAGAACAUGUUGAAAAAGCCAAAGAGCUACAGAAAUGGGUGUCAAAUAUUAGCAAGACAUUGAAAGAAGGAGAGAAGGCUGGCAAAUCAUCCUUCUCAAAGCAGCAGAUUUCCAGUGAAGAAAUUGCCAUGAGGAAAGAACAGUUAUCUGAAACCCUUCAAACCAUACAGUUGUUUCUUGCUAAACAUGGUGAUAAGUUGACUGAUGAAGAAAGAAAUGAAAUGGAAAAACAAGUGAAAUCUCUUCAAGAAGGUUACAACUUAUUCAGUGAUUCUCUGAAGCAACUUCAGGAAUCAAACAUUCUAAGAGAUGAAAAGGUGGAAGAGAAGCUGGAUAAAGUCAUUGCAGGUACCAUUGACCAAACAACUGGAGAAGUCUUUUCAGUCUUCCAUUCAAUUUUAAAAGGCCUUAUUGAUUAUGAAACUGGAAUCAGGUUGCUGGAGAUGCAGCUAAUUUUCUCUGGUCUAAUUUCACCAGAGCUAAAAAAAUGUUUUGAUCUUCAGGAAGCUAAAAAUCAUGGUCUCAUUGAUGGACAGAUUCUGUUUCAACUUGAGGAACUAGGUAGAGCUAAGGAAAUUAUUUCAUCAUCAUCAUCUACAACAAUUCCUGUUUUAGAUGCUUUUGAUAAAGGUAUGAUUUCAGAAUCUGUGGCCAUCAGGAUUCUUGAGAUACAGCUUUCCACAGGGUUUCUAAUCAUUCCAUCCACAGGAGAGUACCUGACCUUACAGAAAGCUUUUCAAAGAAAUUUGAUUUCUUCAGCAUUGUUUUCUAAACUUUUGGAAAAUCAAAAUCUGUGCAAAGACCUUAUUGAUCCAAAUACUUCAGAGAAGGUCUCCCUAGUAGAUAUGGUUCAAAGAAGUAUCCUACAUGAAAAUACUGGAAUGCGACUUCUGCCUAUAAAGCCACGAGAAGGAGGUAAAAUAACACUAAAAUGUGGAAGGAAGAUCAGUAUUUUAAGGGCAGCUCAUGAAGGUCUCAUAGAUCGUGAAACUAUGUUUAGACUGAUAGGAGCACAGCUUCUUUCAGGAGGUCUGAUUGAUUCUGAUUCUGGGCAAAGAAUGACAAUUGAAGAAGCUGUGCAGGAAGGGGCAAUUGACUUGGGUACAGCUAACUGUAUUCUCACCCAUCAGGUACAAACAGGUGGGAUCAUAAGUUCAAAUCCCCCCAAACGUUUAACAGUGGAUGAAGCAGUCCAGUGCAAUUUAAUAUCAGCUAGCAGUGCACUUUUGAUACUAGAAGCACAAAGGGGUUUUGUUGGACUCAUUUGGCCCCAUUCUGGUGAAAUAUUUCCUGCAUCUUCAUUACACCAAAAGUUGAUUACAAAUGAAUUGGCAUACAAAAUACUCAAUGGUAGGCAAAAAAUAGCUGCUAUUUAUAUUCCCGAAACUUCCCAAGUCAUUGGUUUGGAUGCUGCUGCACAGGUAGGUGUCAUAGAUCAUAAUACAGCAUCUAUUUUAAAAAAUAUCAUACUGCCUGAUAAAAUGCCUGAUGCAGGAGACUUGAACACUUCUGCUGGACGAUGGUUAUCCUCUUGUGAAUUUCAACCAUCGACUAUAUUUCAUGAAUAUACACAGCCAGAAGUUAUUUCAGGUGGAGGAGAGUGUAUGGAACCUCAGACCUUAGAACAAUCAGAGAAUUUAUUCUUAUCUUAUUUGAUGAUAAAUAGCUAUAUGGAUGCAAACACAGGGGAAAGACUUUUGCUGUAUGAUGGAGACUUGGAUGAAGCUAUCAGUACAUUAUUAGAAAAUGAUAAUACAGCAUUUGGUGCAAUGUCAGCAAAAAAAGAAUUGAUUGGCACAAAUUUAAGAAAAUUUGGAGAUGUUUUAUUUAAUAAAAAGGAUGAAUGCUCAUUAAGUAGUUUUGAUGGGACUUGUUUCAAAGAUCCUGAAAAUGCAAUAGAUCUUCAGACUAAGGAAAGUGCAGUCAGUGAAGAAUUUAAUGAAAAGGAAGAUCAUUUUAUCAAUAAUAAGUGUGAUCAGCUGGAAUGCCUGCCUCAAAUCAUGUUGGCUAGGGACUUGGCUGAUGUUCACAUUGUAAAUGAUAGGGUAGAUUUAAUGCGACUUGGAAAGAUGAAUAGUGCAAUGCUUAGUGGUGAUUAUGAAAAUGUAUUUAAAAGUUGCAAAGAUGGAAAUCAGGUAGUAAUUAGUGCCAAUGUAGAUAAAUGCACUUAUUCUGAAAAUAUUCAAAAUGAUUUCCCAAGUGAUGCAAACAAAAAUUUUAUUGGAGUCUCCUCCAGAAAACUUUGUGUUCAGAAUAAAACAGAAAACCAAGAUAACAGGAUUGAGGACUUCAAUAUCUCUGAAAAUUCAAGUGAAAUUGACUUAUUCCAUUCAGAUCGAAUGGGAGUCCAUCUGGGAAGUAGUAAUAAUAUGUUCACCCCAGAUAGCUGCUUCCAGAAAUCUCUUAUUUCUUUGCCUUUCAGUGAUCAAGCUAUAUCACUAGAUCCAGAAAUAGCAAAAAGAUUUCAAGGUAGACUUCUGGACAGUAAAGAUAUUAGCAUUAAUUCACCAAGAAGAUCAUCUGAAUCUAAGUCAUUAAAUGUAGAUUUUAAUGCUCCCCAACUGCAGUGUCAGAGAGAUAGUUUUGACAGUUCAGACUAUUCAGGAAAUCAGACUGAAAAUGACAAAAGGCAAGUUGUUAUUUCUCACCCAGAAUCCAAAAUCAAUCAGGAUGACUCCAAGCUUGAAGAAUAUUCAGUUAACUCAGUUCUAAGCAAUAAUACUGAGAAUACUGAUACAUCUGAUAUUUGUGGAUUCCAACAACUUGAGGAAACUAAUGGUGUUGAAGAUUCUCAAGAUUCUCAGUUAGAGGAUAAUGAAAGUGAUACAGAGAGUGAUGAUGAUUCUUAUAGUACUCCACUGUUAGAAGACGAUGACCAUGACUCUCUGCUUCUUGAAGAUGAUGAUUAUGAUUGUUUGGAACCUGAGGAUUUUGAUAUGCUGCAACAUGAAGCAGAUGGCAUCCUUCAUCGUGGAUGUGUUUGUGCAGACAUUUCCAUGGGGAACAUAAGCCACAUAGUUACCCAAGGGGAAAGAUCAGAUCUGAUAAACGUGCAAAAGGAAGAACAGUCUCCUCAAGAAUUUUUCAAGGUCUCCAAAGAGAAUGAAUUACAUUCUGAUGAAAGAUUAAACAUAGAUUCUGUUGACAUAGAAGUGACAAAUGACAGGUUACUGGACACUAUAUCAGAAGAGGAAAGCACAAGUAAUUUUGAAGAUGAUGUUCCUGGGACCAUAACUUCAAAAAAUACAGAAAGAAAGAACUUUCAUGUUUCAUUAGAAGCAGGUGAAACUGAAUAUUUGAUAGGAAGAAGAGAACAAGAAUUUGGGCAAGAAGUUGGAUUUGAUGUUGAUCAAAAUGUUCAAUGCAUGAAAAAUGAGGACAGUUAUAGAAAUGGGAAAUAUCUACCUACUGUUAAUAACCAGAUUGAAUGUGAUAGGAAGAGCAUGCUUGACAUGUUUACAUUUCAGGGUAAGGAUGGAAAUUUCAAGGAUAUACAAGUAUCAGGUACUUCACAUGAAAAGAAAGAAGAUAGUGAGGAAAUUGUUGGUAUUAAUAUGACAAAGAUAAAAUCUACCAAAGAAACUCAAAAGUUUCUUAAUUUAGAAACUUUCCAAGAUGUUAAUGUUCUACAGCCAGAAUCAACUAGUGGAAAUAAUUUAGUUAAUAAAGGAGUCACCCUUCCAGAAUGUAUGUCUGAGAUUGUUAAUCAAAUCAGAGAAAGUCAACUUAAUAUUACUGAAAGGAACCCUGAGGAGUUUGCAGAAGAAAAACUUACAUUACACUCCUUUACUCAUGUUAAAGAAUCAGAAAAAAGGGUUGCUACUGAUAGUGUUUUAUGUAAUAAUAAUAUCAAUCCUAUUUCCCAAAUAGAUACUAGGGAUUCAGGGAACACAGAGACUAAGAUAUCACAACCAGGUUUGGAUUCCCUUUUUGCAGGGAAAGAUAGAAAUCAUACUGAGAGUUUGAUAUGUACAAUUGAAAACACAUGUUCUGAUGCUGAUAUAAUAGAAAAAUCUUCACAAGUAAGCCAUCCAAAGAUGAUGACAGACUCCAUUGAUCAAGAUCAUCAAAGAAAAGAAACAAAUGGUCAAGUUGAAAAGAAAUAUGAUGAGCAUAAAAUACUUAUAAAAGAAGAUAUACCAAUUCCCCAUGAGAUUAAACUGUUUGAUAGAAGUGUAGGAGACUAUGAUAAAGAUUUGAAUCACUUUCCUAGAGAAAGUAAUUGCCCAUUUCCAAAAAUCACAAGCAGUGAAGAAUAUAGUCAGACAGAGAAAGUGAAAGAAGCAAGUACAGAUCUUGCAAAGGAAUCAAAAGAUUUGCAAGUCUUAAUAGUUAAAAAUCCUGUUCAUUUGGAGAAUCUUGGAGAAAUAUUUGACAUAUCUGCUUCCAAAAUGGUCAGUGAAAUUGAUAUCAAAUCUGGAAGAAGUUCAACCAAAGAAACUGAAGGCCUUUCUGACAAGUUUCUCAGUGAGUCUGAGGAAGAAGUGGAUUUGUUCUCUUACUUGAAAAAAUGUGCAAAACACAUAACAGUAAGUAAGAACUUGAACCCAGACAAAAAUGAAUCUUGUACUACUGGAGAAAAUAAAAUGAUAGAGAAUGAUUUAAGGACAGAAUCCUCUGCAAAAUUAAAUUCAGAUGGCCACAUCCCUAUUUUAACAUCUGACCUUUUAACUGAUAAACAGUUACAAUCAGGAAUUGAUGGUACCAGAGAAAAGAAGGAAGAUGUAUGUAUAAAUGAGACAGCCUUAAAUCUUAAUACUAAACAACCAGACUUAGGAAAAGAAUCUGUGAUUACUCAAACAACUUCAGAAGAGGAGACAUUUACACUUUCAGAUUUGCCUCUUAAAACCUUAGAUUAUGUAAAUAAAAAUGCUGAUAUGCAGACUGACCUCGAGACAUCCCUGUGUAAAAAGGAAAUAAACAACAAAACUAUCGAUAUUUCUGGUAUUGAAAUCUCAUCCUUGGAAGUGAAUAAAAAAGAAGCAACUGGACAACAGCCACUGAAAGAAUGGACUUUGUCUCCAGAAUCACAUGCAACAGAAACCCAAACUCCUGAAUUAUCUUAUUUGAUAGUUGACAACUUGAAGGAUAUUUUAAAAAGAAGAUUGAAAGAAGGCUGUAUAUUCUUUGGGGAAGAAGGUGAAUUUUCCUCCUAUUCAGAAAGGAAAGUUUUAAUGCAGAAUUUACUUAAAAUGGUUAGCCUGACACAAUUGGUAAAAAAAUCAUCCAAUAAGUUCAGUGACUCUAAAACAAGUGAUUACAGUACAGUUUCACAGAUGACUGAUCCUCUAGAAGUAAAACCAGAGAUCCAUGAUAAUUCAUCUCCACUUUGGCCUACAAAUCUAGGUCCUGAGCUGCUUCUUGACAUUUUGAAACAGAGCCAGGGUGGCCAAAAGAUUUCAGGGGCAUUUGAAAUGAAGGGAAUAUCCCUGAAUGAGAAUGAUUCAGAGAGAAAUGAUAUUGCAUCAAAAGUUCUCCCAUUACAGCUUGAAAAUAUUUUCCACAUCCUCCUUGCUGAUGAACAUUCCCCCAAAUUAGAACUUGUUGCUGAUUUGAACAGAAAUCUGCCUACUAGUUUUCAGACUGAAGGUGAAAGGAUAUAUGGUCCUGAUGAAAGUCCUGAAAUCAAAAAAAGCGAGUGCUCUUUUAAUUCAGAAAACACACGAGAAACUGACAGAAUAGCUUCAACAUCAGUUGAAUCAAUGGGCCAUAGUAUAGGUUUCCAAAGUGAGCAGUCUCUUGGGACAUUACACAACAUUUCCCCAAAUCAUUUGGAGCACCCAUUGGAUUCAAAAGAAGAGGCUUCUGGAAACAGUCUCUUUCCAAAAUUUCCCAGUGUGUUACAGUUGUGUUUGCAGCACACUGAAAAGAUGCACGGAUAUUUGACUAUGCUUCAAGACAUGAAACUUCCUUUGGACAACCAGCAGUCCCUUGAUAACAAUCUAGAAACUUUGAAAAAUCAACUUCAACAAUUAGAGUCAUUUGAAUUGGGAUUGGCUCCAUUUUCUGCCCUUGUCAAAAAGGACAUGAAGUUGGCUGAAGAAUUCUUGAAUUCUCAUACCAGCAAUAUUCACAAAGAACAACUUGAGGACUUAAUUAUAAGCCAUAAGAAAUUGCAAAAAGAAUUGUUGUCCCUGUAUGAUUUAUCUUCAAAAAGAACUAAACAAAUUAGAUUAGCUAUAGAUUCUGAAAUGUCCAAGCUAACAGCUUCUCAUGAAGAAUUUCUGCAUAAACUUCAGAAGUUUUCAGAUUGGAUUACAGAGAGAAGGAAGACUGUGAAUGAUCUUGCAGCAGACACUGGUGAUGGGAAAAAUGUAAAGGAAACUCUGGAAUUACUUAAGACUAUAUUAAAAGAACUUGGUCAUAGCAAAAUUCAGCUGGAGACUACAGCCUUUGAUGUCCAGUUCUUCAUUUCUGAAUAUGCCCAAGAUCUUUCUCCUAACCAAAGCAAGCAGCUGUUGAGGCUUUUAAAUACAACUCAAAAGUGUUUUCAUGAUGUACAGGAAUCAAUAACUGCCCAAAUGGAAAUUUUAGAGACUCAUUUGCAUAUAGAACAAGAUCGCAAUGAUCAGAAGAUUGUAGCAGAACGGCAGCAGGAGUAUAAGGAAAAGCUUCAGGGAAUAUGUGAUCUCCUCACCCAGACAGAAAACCGGUUGAUUGGUCACCAAGAAGCCAUUGUGAUUGGAGAUAGCAAGGAUGAAUUAAAGCUCUACCAAACUAAACAAGAGGAGUUACAAAAGGAGAUGCAGAAAAGUGCACAGGCAUUGACAGAGAAAGUGAACAACACUGAGAAGUUCCUGAUGGAAAAUGGAGAAAAACUAUCACAAGAAGACAAAGCACUAAUUGAACAGAAACUCAGGGAAGCUAAGAUGAAGUGUGAGCAACUAAAUCAGAAGGCUGAACAGUCAAAAAAGGAACUAGAUAAGGCAGUAACUACAGCAAUUAAGCAGGAAACUGAAAAGGUUGCAGCAGUGGCACAGCUGGAAGAGAGCAAAAACAAAAUAGAAGAUCUUUUGGAUUGGUUAUCAAAUGUAGAUAAGGAAGGAGAAAGGGCAGGAAAGAAAUCUCACCAGGAGAUUGAACAAAAUGGAACUCAUUUUCAAGAAGGUGACCUCAAUUCUAUGAUUGGAGAGGAGGAUGAAGUAAAUGGUAAUGUGAUGGAAAUGGAUGUUGAUGGACAAGUAAGAACCACAGAGAAAAAUCUGAACCAACAAUACCAGAAAGUAAAGGCACAGCAUGAGAAGAUUGUUGCUCAGCACCAGGCAGUUAUUAUAGCUACUCAGUCGGCAAAAGCUUUACUUGAGAAACAGGGUCAUUACCUGUCUUCAGAAGAAAAAGAGAAACUAGAGAGGAACUUGAAAGAAUUAAAGACUCAAUAUGAGACAGCCCUGGCAGAGUCAGAGAAGAAAGUAAAAUUGACCAACUCUCUGCAAGAAGAAUUAGAAAAGUUUGACACAGACUACAGUGAGUUUGACAGUUGGUUACAACAGUCAGAGCAAGAACUUGAGAACUUAGAAGCUGGUGCUGAUGACUUCAGUGGAAUAAUAACCAAGCUAAAAAGACAGAAGAGUUUUUCAGAAGAUGUCAUUUCUCACAAAGGCGACUUAAGGUACAUUACAAUUUCUGGACACCGGGUCUUAGAGGCUGCCAAGUCUUGCAGUAAAAGAGAUGGUGGCAAAGGUGACAAAGAUAAUUUUGACACUUCUGCAACGUAUAAGGAAGUACAAGGGAAAUUGGAUCUUGCCAGUGAGCGUUUUAAAUCUCUCUAUGCUAAGUGCAAUGUCCUUGGAAAUAAUCUGAAAGACCUGGUAGAUAAAUAUCAGCAUUAUGAAGAUGCCUCUUCUGGACUUCUCUCUGGCCUCCAGUCUUGUGAGACAGCAGCAAAUAAACACUUAUUGGAACCCAUUGCCACGGAUCCAAAAAACCUCCAGCGCCAACUAGAAGAAACUAAGGUUCUUCAAGGACAAGUUUCCAGCCACCAGGUUGCUGUAGAGAAACUGAAAAAAACAGCAGAAGUGCUUUUAGACACCAGAGGAGCUUUAUUACCAGACAAGAAUGAUAUACAGAAAACACUGGAUGACAUUGUUGGGAGAUAUGAUAAUUUGUCCAAGUCUAUUAAUGAGCGGAAUGAAAAACUUCAGAUUACCUUAACCCGAUCCCUCAGUGUGCAGGAUGGUUUAGAUGAAAUGUUGGAUUGGAUGGGAAGUGUUGAAAAUUCUCUGAAGGAGCAAGGUCAAGUGCCCUUAAACUCUGCUGCUAUUCAAGACAUCAUCAGUAAAAAUAUGAUGCUGGAGCAGGAUAUUGCUGGUCGCCAGAGCAGUAUAAAAGCCAUGAAUGAAAAAGUGAAAAAAUUUAUGGAUACAACAGAUCCAUCUACUGCAUCCUCUCUGCAAGCUAAAAUGAAGGACCUGUCAGUUCGAUUUUCAGAAGCCAGUAAAAAGCAUAAAGAAAAACUUGAUAACCUGGAGAAGCUAAAAACCAAAGUAGAAUCAUUUGAAAAACUUUCAGAAAAACUUCAGUCAUUUUUUGAAACAAAAACUCAGGCUCUUGUUGAAAUGGAUGGUCCAGGAAAAGAUGUUACUGAAUUGUCUCAGUAUAUUGAAGAGUCUAACAAUGAAGUUUUAGAAUGCAAAAAAGAUUUUGAAACUUUGCAAAAUCUCCUGAAGGAACUGUCUACUCAUGGUUUCCCUGGGGAUAAGGCUUUGCUUUUGGAAAAAACAAAUACUUUGUCAAAGAAGUUCAAGGAAUUGGAGGAUUCCAUUAAGGAAAAAAAAGAAGCAAUAUCUUCCUGUCAAGAACAAACGGAAACGUUUCAGCUCCUUGUCAAACACAUAAAGACAUGGAUGGAAGAAACCACAGAAAAAAUUCCCAUCAUUCAACCAUCAAUGGGUAUAGAUGAUUUAAAGAAAUCUUUGGAAGAAACUAAGAAAUUACAAGGGGAGUGGAGCUCAAAAGCACCAGAGAUUCAGAAAGUAAACAACAAAGGAACAUCAUUAUGUAACUUAAUAAGUGCUAUGACUUCCCCUACAAAGGCAAUAGCAGUGAUUAAAUCAGGUGGAACAGUAUUAAAUGGUGAAGGAACAACUUCAGAUACUAAGGAAUUCUUGGCAAAUAAAGAACUGACAUCUGUUAAAAAGAAAAUGGCUGAGAUAAAUAAUAGUUAUGAAAAUCUUGGAGUCACAUUGAAGGAUAAAAUCUUUGAAUUGGAUGCCAAACUCACAAUAUUGCAAAAAGCCCAAGAAGAAUCAAGUUCAAUGCUGCAGUGGUUAGAGAAAAUGGACAAAAAGGCAACAGUAUGGGAUACAACUCCUACAGAUAGUGAAAGUGUGAAGACACAAGUUGAGCAGAAUAAGACAAUUGAAACAGAAUUGAAGCAAAAUAUGAAUAAAGUGCAGGAGCUGAAAGACAAGUUGACAGAUUUGAUGGAACAGAACCCAUACUCUCCUGAGGCACCCAAAUGGAAACAGAUGUUGUCGGAGAUAGAUUCCAAAUGGAAACAACUCAAUCAGUUAACAGCUGAUAGACAACAAAAGCUAGAAGAAUCUUCAAAUAACCUAACCCAGUUCCAGACUGUGGAAGCUCAAUUAAAGCAGUGGCUUGUAGAAAAAGAAUUGAUGGUUUCUGUGCUUGGGCCUUUAUCAAUUGACCCAAAUAUGCUUAAUACACAGAAGCAGCAAGUCCAGAUUCUACUAAAAGAAUUUGAUACCCGGAAACCUCAAUAUGAACAGUUAACUACAACAGGUCAGAGCAUUCUAAGCAAACCAGGUGAACACCAUCCUCUGCACGGAACUGUGAAAGAACAGCUGACAGUUGUGUCCCAAAAGUGGGAUAGCCUGACAGGACAAUUGAGUGACAGAUGUGACCGGAUUGACCAAGGCAUUGUUAAAAGCACCCAGUAUCAAAGCCUGCUAAGAAACCUUUCUGAUAAGCUAAGUGACUUGGAUAAUAAACUCAGCAACAGUCUGGCUGUAAGCACACACCCUGAUGCCAUGGAACAACAAUUGGAAACAGCCCAAAAAAUGAAACAGGAAGUAGAACAGGAAAUGAAGAAUAUUAAAAUGGCUCAGACCCUCUGUGAAGAGUUGUCAGCACUGGUUGGAGAAGAGUACUUGAAAGCAGAACUCAGUAGACAGCUAGAAGGAAUUUUAAAAGUGUUUAAAAAUAUUGAACAAAAAUCAGGAAAUCAUGUUCAGCAACUUCAGUCAGCAUAUGCCAGCUCCCAUCAGUUUCAGCAAAUGUCUAAAGAUUUUCAGGCUUGGCUGGGCAAAAAGAAAGAAGAACAAAACCAAUUUUACCCCGUAUCAGCCAAACUUGAUGUCUUACAGGAAUUAAUUAAAGAGCAGAAAGAAUUUAAGAAAGCUGUGAUUGACCAUUAUGAUUCUUAUGAGAAAAUUAUUGCAGAAGGUGAAAAUUUGUUAUUAAAAACUCAAGAGACUGAAAAGGCUGACUUGCAGUUGCAGCUUAACACAAUUAAAAUCAAUUGGGAUGGCCUUAUUAAACAAAUGACAGAAAGACAAGAGAAGCUGAAUGAUUGUUUGGAGAAAGCCCUUAAGUACAGAGAACAUGUAGACAACCUUAGGCCAUGGUUAGACAAAUGCCAAAACAAUUUAAUGGAAAUAGAAGUUUGCCCAGAUCCCGAGGAAACAGAAAAAUUGAUCGCUAAAGUGAAGACUUUGCAGAAAGAAAUGGACCAACGUUUUGGAAUGGUAGAAUUAUUAAAUAAUGCUACAAAUAGCUUGCUCAGUGCCAGUGAGACAGACAAAGAGGUUGUUACAGAAGAGAAUAAGACUUUGAUUCAGAAAGUAGACAUGGUCACAGAACAACUCCAUAGUAAGAAACAUUCUUUGGAGAACAUGGCACAGCAACUUAGAGAGUUCCAAGAGAAUAUCAGAGAAGCCCACCGACAACUUAGGUGUGUAAAGGAACAGCUGGAAGUUCAUAAUUCCUUAGGACCUCAGGCUUGCAGUAAUAAACACUUAACAGUUAUGCAGGCUCAGCAGAAAUCACUUCAGUCUUUGAAGCCCCAGAUAGAGUUGGCCAAAAGGUUUGCCCAGGAGUUGGUACUGGAAGCUUCAGAUUCAAAGGGAACGUCAGAUCUGUUAUUAGAGGCAGAAUCUUUAGAACAUGAGCAUAGUGAAGUUAGCCAGCAAGUUGAAGAAAAAUGUUCUUUUUUGGAGACAAAGCUUCAGGGCAUUGGUCAUUUCCAGAAUACCAUCCGAGAAAUGUUUUCACAGUUUGCAGAAUUUGAUGAUGAACUGGACAGCAUGGCUUCAGUGGGGAGAGAUAGAGACACACUGCAAAGGCAGAAGAGUGAUAUCAAGAACUUUCUAAAGAAACUAGAAGACCUUAUCACUGACAAUGAAAAUGCCAAUAAAACCUGCAAAAUGAUGUUAACCACAGAGGAACCAUCUCCUGAUCUUGUUGGAAGUAAGAGAGACUUGGAAGCGUUGAGCAAACAGUGCAAUAAAUUAUUGGACAGAGCAAAGGCUAGAGAGGAAGAAGUUGAAGGGACUAUUUUCCGGCUUGAAGAAUUUUACAGUAAAUUAGAAAAAAUGUAUAAUCUUCUCCAGAAAGCUGAAGAACACGAAGAGUCACAGGGCACUGUUGGAAUGGAAACGGAAACAAUCAACCAACAACUUAAUGUGUUCAAGGCUUUCCAGAAAGAGGAGAUUGAACCUUUACAGGUUAAACAACAAGAGGUCAAUUGGUUGGGUCAAGGUCUCAUUCAGAGUGCUGCAAAAAGUACUAGUACUGAAAACUUGGAGCAUGAUCUUGAAGAUGUUAAUGCACGGUGGAAGACCCUUAAUAAGAAGGUUGCUGAGCGAGCAGCUCAGCUGCAAGAGGCUCUCCUCCAUUGUGGGAGGUUCCAGGAUGCCCUGGAAUCUUUGCUUAGCUGGCUAGUUGAUACUGAAGAUCUGGUAGCCAAUCAGAAACCUCCAUCUGCUGAGUUCAAGGUGGUGAAGGCUCAGAUACAAGAGCAAAAACUUCUCCAGAGAUUGUUGGAUGACCGAAAACCUACUAUUGAAGGAAUCAAAACUGAAGGGCAAAAAAUUGCAGCAACAGCAGAACCAGCAGAUAAAGUGAAGAUUUUGAAACAACUGAGUCUCUUGGAUACUAGAUGGGAUACAUUGCUUAAUAAGGCUGAAACAAGGAACCGGCAGUUGGAAGGGAUCUCCGUGGUAGCACAGCAGUUUCAUGAAACAUUAGAACCAUUGACAGAAUGGCUCACAACCACUGAAAAGAAGCUUACAAAUUGGGAACCCAUAGGAACCCAAGCUUCUAAGCUUGAGGAACAGAUUGCCCAGCACAAAGCCUUAGAAGAUGACAUCAUCAAUCACAAUAAAACUUUACAUCAGGCUCUUAGCAUUGGCCAGUCUUUAAAGAUUUUGAGCUCCAGGGAGGAUAAAGAUAUGUUGCAGGAAAAACUAGACUUCUUUCAAGUUUGGUACAUUGAGAUUCAAGGAAAAAGUCACAUCAAGUCUGAGCUACUCCAGCAGGCCUUUUCUAAUGCUCAGAUUUUUGGUGAAGAUGAAGUGGAAUUGAUAACCUGGCUGAAUGAAGUUCAUGACAAACUCAGCAAAUUGUCAAUCCAAGAUUACAACAUUCAUGGGCUAUCAAAGCAACAAUCUGAACUUCUGGCUCUACAAGAAGACAUCCUGCUCAGGAAACAAAAUGUUGAUCAGGCAUUGCAGAAUGGUUUAGAGCUCCUGAAACAAGCAACAGGUGAUGAAGUCUUGAUAAUUCAAGAUAAAUUGGAAGGUAUUAAAGCAAGGUACAAAGACAUAACUAAGUUGAGUUCUGAUGUAUCUAAGACUCUGGAGCAGGCCUUGAAGCUUUCAGGAAAGCUACAGUCCACUCAUGAAGAACUUUGUUCAUGGCUUGACAAAGUAGAAUUGGAAUUACUUUCAUAUGAAACUCAGGACGUGAAAGGAGAAGAAUUAAGCCAAGCCCAAGAAAGACAAAAAGAAUUGAAAAAAGAAGCCAAGAGCUAUAAAGAAUUAGUAGAUGCUCUUAAUGAAGUCAGUAGUGCCCUGUUGGAACUGGUGCCAUGGAGAGCAAGAGAAGGACUGGACAAAAUGGUGACAGAGGACAAUGAACGCUACAGAUUAGUAACUGACACCUUAGCUCAGAAGGUGGAAGAAAUUGAUGCAGCUAUACUGAGAUCCCAGCAGUUUGAUCAAGCUGCUGAUGCUGAAUUAUCCUGGAUUGCAGAAACUGAAAAGAAACUUAGGUCUCUGGGUGAUAUUAGACUUGAGCAAGACCAGACCUCUGCUCAGCUUCAAGUUCAAAAGGCAUUCACCAUGGAUAUUUUGAGACACAAGGAUAUUAUCGAUGAACUUGUUAAAUCUGGGGAUAAAAUCAUGAGCAGUUGCAGUGAAGAAGAGAAAAAGUCAAUGAAGAAAAAAUUGCAUAAUGUAUUGAAAAACUAUGAUGAUAUCUGCCAAAUCAACUCAGAACGGUACCUUCAACUGGAACAGGCACAAUCUCUGGUCAACCAAUUUUGGGAAACAUAUGAAGAACUGUGGCCAUGGCUGACAGAAAUACAAAGGGUCAUAUCUCAGCUCCCAGCUCCAGCUCUUGAAUAUGAAACUUUAAAACAACAGCAAGAAGAACAUCGGCAACUGCGAGAGUUGAUUGCUGAACACAAGCCUCAUAUAGAUAAGAUGAACAAAACUGGGCCCCAGUUACUGGAAUUGAGCCCAGGAGAAGGCUUUUUAAUCCAAGAGAAAUACAUGGCAGCUGAUACCCUUUACAGUCAAAUUAAGGAAGAUGUCAAAAAAAGAGCUGUGGCUUUGGAUGAAGCCAUUUCUCAAUCUACCCAGUUCCAUGACAAGAUAGAUCAGACCCUUGAAAGCUUAAAGCGCAUUGUUGAACGCUUGAGACAACCGCCUUCAAUCUCAGCUGAGGUUGAGAAGAUUAAAGAACAAAUCAAUGAAAAUAAGAAUGUAUCAGUAGAUAUGGAGAAACUUCAGCCAGUGUAUGAAACACUCAAACAGCGUGGAGAGGAUAUGAUUGCUCGUUCUGAGGGUACUGAUAAAGAUCUAUCUGCCAAAGCUGUUCAGGAUAAACUUGAUCAAAUGAUCCUCAUAUGGGAGGAAAUACACACUUUGGCAGAGGAACGGGAGGCUAAACUACUUGAUGUAAUGGAACUAGCUGAAAAAUUCUGGUGUGAUCAUAUGUCAUUAGUAGUUACAACUAAAGAUACCCAGGAUUUUAUCCGGGAGCUGGAAGGACCUGGCAUUGAUCCCUCAGUAGUGAAACAACAACAAGAAGCAGCAGAGGUGAUAAAAGAAGAAAUAGAUGGAUUGCAAGAAGAGCUUGAUAUGGUUGUGAACCUUGGUUCUGAACUGAUAGCUGCCUGUGGAGAACCUGAUAAACCUAUUGUCAACAAGAGUAUUGAUGAGUUGAAUUCGGCCUGGGAUUCUCUAAACAAAGCAUGGAAGGAGCGGGUGGACAGAUUGGAUGAUGCAAUGCAGACUGCUGUGCAGUACCAAGAUGGACUUCAGGCAAUAUUUGACUGGGUAGAUAUUGCUGGUGGUAAAUUGGCUUCGAUGUCACCCAUUGGAACUGAUCUGGAAACUGUGAAGCAACAAAUUGAUGAACUCAAGCAAUUUAAAUCAGAGGCCUAUCAGCAGCAAAUAGAAAUGGAAAGACUAAAUCAUCAAGCAGAUCUCUUACUGAAGAAAGUUACAGAAGAGAGUGAUAAACACACUGUCCAAGAUCCUUUGAUGGAACUCAAAUUGAUUUGGGAUAGCUUAGAUGAGCGUAUCAUCAAUCGACAGCAUAAACUUGAGGGUGCUCUUUUAGCUCUGGGACAGUUCCAACAUGCUCUGGAUGAGUUAAUGACAUGGCUGACACAUACUGAAGAUUUGCUAAAUGAACAGAAACCAGUUGGUGGUGAUCCUAAAGCCAUUGAAAUUGAACUUGCCAAGCAUCAUGUACUCCAAAAUGAUGUGUUAGCUCAUCAGUCUACAGUGGAAGCUGUUAAAAAAGCAGGAAGUGACCUAAUUGAAUCAAGUGCAGGAGAAGAAGCAAGUAAUCUCCAGACCAAGCUGGAGGUUUUAAAUCAACGCUGGCAAAAUGUAUUGGAGAAAACACAACAAAGGAAAAAGCAGCUGGAUAAUGCUUUGCACCAGGCACAAGGGUUUCAUGGAGAAGUUGAAGAUUUACAUCAGUGGCUGACUGACACUGAGCGUCACUUGUUGGCAUCAAAACCUAUUGGAGGAUUACCAGAAACAGCCCGCGAACAGCUUGAUACCCAUAUGGAACUCUGUGCUGCCUUUGAAGUUAAAGAAGAAACAUAUAAGUGCCUCAUGCAAAAGGGCCAGCAGAUGCUUGCAAGAUGCCCAGAGUCUGCAGAUACAAACAUUGACCAAGAUAUAAAUAAUUUGAAAGAAAAAUGGGAAUCUAUAGAAGCCAAACUCAGUGAAAGAAAAGCUAGACUAGAAGAUGCCCUUAAUUUGGCCAUGGAGUUCCACAAUUCUCUUCAGGACUUCAUCAACUGGCUUACCCAAGCUGAACAAACACUGAAUCUAGCUUCUCGGCCAAGUCUUAUCUUGGAUACCAUCUUGUUUCAAAUUGAUGAACACAAGGUCUUUGCCAAUGAAGUAAAUUCUCAUCGGGAUCAGAUCAUCGAGCUGGACAAAAAUGGUACCCACUUGAAAUAUUUUAGCCAAAAACAAGAUGUUGUAAUUAUUAAAAAUCUCCUGAUUAGUGUUCAGAGUCGAUGGGAAAAAGUUGUCCAGCGAUUAGUGGAAAGAGGACGAGCUCUGGAUGAGGCGCGGAAGAGAGCAAAGCAGUUCCAUGAAGCAUGGAGCAAACUUAUGGAAUGGCUAGAAGAAUCAGAGAAAUCUUUGGAUUCAGAGCUUGAAAUUGCCAAUGAUCCAGAUAAAAUAAAGACACAACUUACACAACAUAAAGAGUUCCAGAAAGCACUUGGAGCAAAACACUCUGUCUAUGACACCACAAACAGAACUGGACGUUCUCUGAAAGAGAAGACCUCUUUGACUGAUGAUAAUUUGAAACUGGAUGAUAUGUUAAGUGAGCUCAGAGAUAAAUGGGACACUAUUUGUGGGAAAUCUGUGGAAAGGCAAAACAAAUUAGAAGAAGCUCUGCUGUUUUCUGGACAAUUCACAGAUGCUUUGCAGGCUCUCAUUGAUUGGCUGUAUAGAGUUGAACCUCAGUUGGCAGAAGAUCAGCCAGUUCAUGGAGACAUGGAUUUGGUGAUGAAUUUGAUAGAUAAUCAUAAGGUGUUCCAGAAAGAGCUGGGGAAAAGGACGAGCAGUGUGCAGGCUCUAAAGCGGUCAGCUCGGGAACUCAUAGAAGGCAGCCGUGAUGACUCCUCUUGGGUUAAAGUCCAAAUGCAGGAAUUAAGUACUCGGUGGGAGACUGUAUGUGCAUUAUCAGUAUCAAAACAGACACGGUUAGAAGAAGCUUUACGCCAGGCAGAAGAAUUUCACUCUGUAGUGCAUGUUCUGCUGGAAUGGUUGGCUGAGGCUGAGCAGACACUUCGGUUCCAUGGUCUGCUCCCAGAUGACGAAGAAGCUCUCCGGAACCUCAUUGAUCAGCAUAAAGAAUUCAUGAGGAAACUGGAAGAGAAAAGAGCUGAAUUAAAUAAGGCAACAGGUAUGGGAGAAGCUGUUCUGGCCAUCUGUCACCCCGAUUCCAUUACCACCAUCAAGCACUGGAUUACUAUCAUUAGAGCCAGGUUUGAGGAGGUCCUGGCAUGGGCAAAGCAGCAUCAGCAGAGAUUGGCAAGUGCCCUGGCUGGUCUUAUUGCUAAACAAGAAUUGUUGGAAGCUUUGCUGGCUUGGUUGCAAUGGGCAGAGACCACACUCAGUGAGAAAGACAAAGAAGUCCUCCCCCAGGAGAUUGAAGAAGUGAAAACCCUUAUAGCAGAACAUCAGAGUUUCAUGGAGGAAAUGACCAGAAAACAGCCUGAUGUGGACAAGGUUACUAAGACCUACAAGAGAAGAGCAGCUGAUCCCUCUCCUUUACAGUCACAUAUUCCUGUCCUAGAUAAGGGGAGAGCAGGAAGGAAGCGUUCCCCAACAUCAAGCUUGUAUCCUUCUGGAUCACAAACACAAAUUGAAACAAAGAAUCCAAGGGUAAACUUAUUAGUGAGUAAAUGGCAGCAAGUCUGGCUUCUAGCUUUGGAAAGAAGAAGAAAACUUAAUGAUGCCUUGGACAGACUGGAGGAGCUGAAAGAAUUUGCCAACUUUGAUUUUGAUAUCUGGCGUAAAAAAUAUAUGCGGUGGAUGAAUCAUAAGAAAUCUCGAGUAAUGGACUUCUUCAGACGGAUUGAUAAAGAUCAGGAUGGAAAAAUAACACGACAAGAAUUUAUUGAUGGAAUUCUUUCCUCCAAAUUCCCAACCAGUCGCCUGGAAAUGAGUGCAGUUGCUGAUAUCUUUGACAGAGAUGGUGAUGGCUACAUCGACUAUUAUGAAUUUGUUGCAGCUCUGCAUCCCAAUAAGGAUGCUUAUAAGCCUCUGACAGAUGCAGACAAAAUUGAAGAUGAGGUAACAAGACAGGUAGCUAAAUGUAAAUGUGCAAAACGAUUUCAAGUGGAACAAAUUGGAGAUAACAAGUACAGGUUCUUCCUGGGAAAUCAGUUUGGUGAUUCCCAACAACUUCGUCUUGUUCGCAUCUUGCGAAGUACUGUGAUGGUUCGUGUUGGAGGUGGCUGGAUGGCACUUGAUGAGUUCUUAGUGAAAAACGAUCCUUGCAGGGCUAAAGGAAGAACAAACAUGGAACUCCGUGAAAAGUUCAUUUUAGCAGAUGGUGCUGCUGGUCAGACAGCUAUGGCAGCUUUCCGACCCAGGGGGAGGAGAUCACGACCGUCAUCCAGAGGAGCUUCCCCCAAUAGAUCGACUUCAAUGUCAAGCCCUGCUGGUCAGGUGGCCUCACCUCAGGCCCCCGUGAUGAGCACCCCAAAGAUAGUCCAGCCUUUAAUACGCAAUUAUGGUAAACCAUGGUUGACAAACAGCAAAACGUCAACUCCUUCUAAACCAGCAGAAUCCUCAGACUUUCAAGUGUCAUCUGCAGAGGGAACACCGAUACAAGGAAGUAAGCUUCGCCUUCCAGGAUAUUUAUCAGGGAAAGGGUUCCAGUCUGGAGAGGACAGUGGAUUGAUAACAACUGCAGCUACCAGAGUCCGAACACAAUUUGCAGAUACCAAGAGAACUCCUAGUAGACCUGGAAGCCGAGCUGGGAGCAAAGCUUGUAGCAGGUCAAGUAGUCGCCGAGGUAGCGAUGCCUCUGACUUUGAUAUUUCUGAAAUCCAGUCUGUGUGCUCAGAUAUGGAGACUGUGCCUCAGACCACCAGACCAACCCCCCGAGCAGGUUCUCGACCAAGCCCAGCCAAGCCUUCCAGAAUCCCCACACCCCAGAGGAAAUCACCUGCCAGCAAACUGGACAAGUCCACAAAAAGAUAGUGCGAUUGGUUCUGCUAUGGGCCUUCCUUGUGCAUUUACUAUUUAAGUUUCUAAAAUGUAAAAUAAGAUGUAGAGAUUAUUGUGAAAUAUUGCAAGAGGUGAGUUUUAAAUUCUGCAGAUGGCCUUAUUUUGUGUAUUUAUCUUGUUCUUUUACCUGUAUAAUUAUUUUGUUGGAUAUUUUGGGGAUUAUACCACAUCACAUGUGAAGAGAGAAUUUUUAACAAAGACUAACAUUUGUACACAGCAAUGUGUAGAACUUACAUGUGAAACUCAAUUCCUGUAUGUACAGGUAAGUCUGUGACCUGACUGAGAAGGGCCGCAUCACUGCAUCAUUAGCUAACAGCUAGGGAUACCUCAUGACAUAUCUUUUUCUUUUUUUAAACAAAAAAACCAUCAAAAGCCAAAAAAAUGAAUCUAUUUUGAAAUUAUUAAACUGAAGUGCAAAAGAUGGGAAACAAAAAAAAUGGCAUGUACACAUAUACAUAUACCAAAAAAACCCAACACACACAUACGUACACACACAAAAAACCCACACACAAAACAACACAUUCACAUUACUGUUAUUCAAACAGAAUUUGUUAAAAGAACUCAAUUCUCUGGAAGUAACUUCAAAUACUUGCCAGUUCUUUAAAACUCCAAUACAGCAUUGAAUUGCAGCAUUUCUGUGCCAUUGCUUUAAAUGAGGCCAGAGACCUUCUGGAUAUUAGAACUAUUAUCCUAUAAAAAUAUCAAUGCAAAGUGCAUUCAUUUCAAUGUGAGGUUUUCUUUUGCUUGACUGGAUGGUAGCACUGUAUCAUUGAACUCAUUUUGUAUCCAAGCAACUUUGCUUGCAGAAAACUAUGAAAUAAAACAUGUCCCUUAACAACAAUGCUAUGGAAUUAAUUUUUUUCCCCAGGGAAAAAUCAGUACUACAUUAUUUUUAUGGGUAAUCACAAUUUGGAGUGACCAAAAAAGACUUAAAAAAUGGGUUGGUCUUAAUUUCCCACCUUAAAUAAUUACAUUCUGAUAUCAUGUCUAUAUUUAAUAUAUAUACGUUUUAAUUUAUUAUGUAUAUUCACAUAAAUAUAGAAAAUGUUAGUAUGCAUUUAAUAAAACAUUAUUCACUUGUACACACCAUGGCAUACCUGAUUAUUUGGAACUUUCUUUAUGUUAGAUAUUGGCUUUAUUAAUAAGAGUGAUAGUUUUGGAGUUAGAAUAUUGGGUAUGAAUACUAUAUCUCCCAUUCAGUAUCUGUGUCAUCUUGAACAAGUCUCUAUUCUUCCCUGUACCUCAGUUUUCAUAUCUUUAUGUAAAAUGAGGGUUUCAGAUUCUAUGAGAUUGGUAAAGUCCUUUUUUGGUUAGCUCUGAGAGAGGUCCUAAACUGAAAUUACAGGGAAAAGUCUCAUACAUACCUUCUCUAUCCUAUCCCAUCUUUAGGGGUAGGAUUUGGCAGGAUAGACUUUUCCUUGUUCCUUAAAUGAUAUUAGUGCUUAACAACCAGAGUGAUAGUUAAUUGAGCGUUGGACUAGGAAUCCAAUAUAACCUCAGUUCACAUCCUACCACUGAUUCUCAAUCUUUUAUCCUUGUAUUGGCUCACCUAUAAAAUUAGGGACAGUGAUAUCUACAGUACUUACCUCCUGGGUCUCUGACAGGGCUCAAAUGAGAACAUUUGCAAAAUGCUUUGCAAACCUUAAAGUGAUAACAGUGUUAAGCAAUUAUUAUUGUUUUUAAUGGAAAUAAUUUAUUCACAAGAUGCAUGUCUCAGGUGAGAAUCUUCUAUUGAUAUGAUAAAUCUCAAUCAUGAAACUGUUUUCACUUUUCCCAAUGGGAUAAUGAUGAUCAUGUAAUCUCCAUUGGCCAAUGGAGUGUGUUAAAGGAGUGUCCCUUUGUGGGGAUAGCAAAUGUGCCUGCAAAGAUAUUUCAAAAACAAAUAUUAAUGAAUAAAAUAGUAUUCUACACA